AUGGAUAGCGAAAUUUGGAAUCAGUUGUCCCCUACUAUUGUGCAUUAUGUUGAAAUUCUUGUCAGACAAGGACAAGUUGGAAUUGGUGCCGGAAAUAUCUAUAUCAAAGAUGUGUUUUCCAGCUGUCCAAGUAUUGCAUUACCACCAAAGGGAGAUCGUUUUAAAGUAGCCUUACCUUAUGGUGGAUGUUCUGUUACUUGGGAAGUGUUAUUUGAUUGUAACCAUCCAGAAGAACCUCCAGAUUUCAUAUUUGAUGCAGAUCAAAAGGGAUUUGCACCUGAACUUGAGAGCAUCCAGUCUUUGAUUAACUGGGACCAUCGGAAGCCAUCAGCACUUUUACUGGUACUGCAAGAACUUCUUGAAAAAUAUCGGCGCUACCAACAACAGCUGGUAGAAACAAACUAUAGACUCAAGUUUGAAUAUGAAUCUCUUUUGGAACAGACAGACAUCAAACCUGAAGAAGUGGAAAUGCAUGUCUCAAAGAUGGAGAACAAUGGUAUUGGUCCAGUUCAUUUUCUAAUCAAAAUGUCAGUAGAUUUUUCUCGGAUACCUUCUUAUCUGACAAAGGAUGACCCUGGAGAGGACAGUGCCGUUUUGUUGGUAAUGUUUCCAUACCCAGGUGCCUCAACUGCUAAUCCACAACUGUACUUAUCCCCACGAGUUGAAAAUGCCUUGGGAGGUUCUGCCAACCUAAGAAUUCCUCCAUUCCCAAAUGGAGGAGUUCUUAUUGACUAUGUGCCAAAAGUAAACCAAUUAUUGAAGAACAAAGUCGAACAAGUUGUACAAGGUUAUGAAAAGAGGAAGGAGUAUAUUGCAGCAUUUUUAAGUCAUUUUGCAAGAUCCCUUUUGGAAUAUGAUGCUGAAGGAUUUUCAAGGAUUUCUUUCCUCUUCGAAUGGAAUGAUUUCUUCUUCAUCUUUCAAGCUGAAUUAUCCUUGUACUUUCCUCGAGAACAACCUGUGCUAACAUUUCAAUCCAUUUACCACGAAUCUAAAGGAAAACCUUACACAGAAUCCAGAAAGGAUUAUCCUUACAGCCCCAGGUGGAGCGGCAAUGAAAUGGCAGAGAGAGCCAAAAUUUUUAUAUUGGACAGCAUUGGUGCUUUUCAGAAAUCUUCCUUAAACAGUGGAACUUUCUAG